AUGUCUGCUGCCCUUGAAGAGCUGAAGCAGAUUGCACGCAACAAGUUGGCGGCGAAGCCACAAGCGGAUGGACUGAAGCUGUUCAAGUCAAUCGUAAUAUUCAUCCCGUUACUCCUAGGCCUGUCUAAGCAGCUUGCGGGGCAAUUGGCAGCACAAUGUUUGCCUUUUGGCUUAGAUCAAGUGUAG